AGAGAGAGAGAUGGACAGCUACUUCAGAUUCCUUCCCACUGAAGAGGAACUGGUGAGCCACUACUUGAGGGAGAAGAAACAGGUUGACCACAUCAUCCCUGAGAUUGAUAUCUGCAAGCACGAGCCUUGGGAUGUUCCUGGGCUGUAUGCAGGGCUGUUCACAGAGCCAGAGUCGCCAUAUCAGGAUAUGUUCUUCUUCAGCCCAAGGGUUUACGAGUACAACAACAGCGCUCGCAUCGAAAGGACCACUGCGCUAGGCUUCUGGAAAAUCACAGGCAAAGAACGUGUGAUCAAGGCUCGAGGGUCCACCGGGAGAAAGAAGACCUUGACCUUCUAUGAAGGUCGUGUGCGUCAAUCGAAGAAGACCAACUGGGUCAUGUACGAGUAUUAUCUUGUUGAAGAUGAAGCCAACCCUAAUCCUACGCUGGCCCAGCAGAGGGAUUUUGUUCUCUGUCGCUUGAAGAAAAAAGCAGAUGAUAAGAAGCAUACUUCAAUCUAUGCUGAAGCUGAACCUGCAUGUGAUGAAUGACAAUGGAUUUCUGAGGAAUUUCCUCGGCCAGAAAAACUAGAAUUUAUCUUUCCUGCACUUCAGCUACAGGAUUACAUGCUGCAGAUGGACACACGAUGUUUAGCAAUGAAAAUAACUAUAUUACUUGUAUGACUGCUCCUGCUGGCUGCUGCUACAUGACCUUCUGGAGUCUCAUGUAUAUGUAUUAGUAUUAUAGAUUAUACACUCGACCCUCUACAACCGAAUAGUAUAUGUAUUGGAUCCAUUUUUCUUUUCAAUUGUAUUAGUAUUUUAAUUCU